AUGCAACAGAGAUCAAUAUUAGUAACAACAAAAGGAUUGAGGGAAGAAUUAUUAUUGGAAUUCAGAAGAUAUAUCGAUUGGGCUUUGUGGUGCACUUCCUUUGCACACUUUUACAAUAGCCGACAUCAUAAAACGCCUGGACUUAGUCAGCUCAAAAAAAAAGAAGGCAGUGGACGGAGAUUUCGGAAUUUGUUAGCUGCGCUAAAGUCUCAUAUAGCGUUGUUGGAUAAUCGCUUGAAGAGGGAUGAAUGUAUUGACAAUCCGUGCAUGAAUGGUGCGACAUGCAUCGAUCUGUACAACAAAUUUAUGUGCAUAUGUCCAUCGCAUUUUGAGGGUGCAACAUGUGAUAACCGUAUAGACGAAUGUAGCCUUUAUCAAGGGACACCUGCGGGAUGUCAGAACAACGCAUCUUGCAUCUUGAAACCGGAUGGAUUUCACUGUGUUUGUCAGCAAGGCUUCCAUGGAACCCUAUGUCAGUUGCGAGCAACAGCAUGUGAAUUUUCAUUGGAUUUAUGUGGCUCAGCUGGACACUGCAUACCAACUCCGCCAGAUCCAAAAUCCAAUGAACCUGGUUAUCGUUGCCUUUGUGAGUGGGGUUAUCGCUCUUCCGCCGAUAAAAACAAUCCGGUUUGUGAAGAUGUAAAUGAGUGUGAGUCGAAUCCAUGUUAUCCUGGAACAGCUUGUAUCAAUUUGCCUGGUUCCUUCAAGUGUGCUGGUUGUCCACCAGGCAUGACAGGGAAUGGGAUGAUUUGUUUGGAUAUUGAUGAAUGCGCAGAUGAGGACCUGGUAACUUGUUCUAAGGAUCCGCCAGUAAAAUGUAUCAAUACUAUUGGCUCCUAUGAAUGUGCACCGUGUCCUCCUGGCUAUAAGGGUAAUGGUCAUAUUUGUAAGAAGCAAAGCCCAUGUGAAUUGUCUCCAUGUCAUCCGAAAGCCAAGUGUUAUAGUAUGGGCAUGAGCUCAUUGAAUGAGGAGGGUUUCCGAUGUGAAUGCCCUUCCGGAAUGAUUGGUGAUGGGAUCGGUACUGAAGGUUGUUACCACUCAAAUGUAACACUUUGCCGUACCGAUACAUGCUAUAACCAAGGGACGUGCCAGAUAAUCUCGGAAGAAGAAUACAAAUGUCACUGUAAAUGGGGUUACGUUGGCAAACACUGUGAACUAGCUACCGCUUGUCUAAGUAAUGUAUGCCGAGGUCGUGGUGAAUGUCUAAUUAAGAAGGAUGGAUCAUUUGAAUGCGUGUGCUUAAGGGGUUAUUAUGGUCCAACAUGCGAAUAUGAGGAAGAUGGUUGUGGUGGUCACAUAACAAAUGCAACGGGUGUAAUCAAAUAUCCGGAUUGGACAUGGUAUCAUUUUGGUCGCAAUAAGACAUGUGAAUGGAUCAUUACGGUUGACGAACCGAAUAAAGUGAUUGAGAUAAAUUUUACAAAUUUCCACUUGCCAACUAAACCGGCAACAUGUGCCAUGGCUGACGCAAACGUUACCUUACGCGACGGCGAACAUGCAAACAGCCCAUUAGUAGGCGUAUUUUGUGGCCCGAGAGGAUCUACUCAGGCUCCAGUUUCUCAUCCGAUCUAUUUUUCAUCAAACAAGGCGUAUAUUGCAUUUGUUUCUAGUAAAAGUAGUAUUGGAAUCGGUAAUUUUGCAUUGCAAUGGAGGACUGUCGAAAAAAAAUGUGGUGAACGAAUCUACAGUGAUAAUGGGGAAAUAUCGCUGUAUGGUUAUGAAAGAAACGAAGUCUGCCAGUGGCAUGUUUCCGUUAAUCCAAAAAUGCAUAUUGAAAUUACCGUGGAACCGAUGAAAUUUACUUCGGGCGACAUUCGCAAUUGUUCACUUAACUCGCUGGAGCUGUUUGAUGGUUUCGAAAUUGACGAGACGGAACGUAUAUUACACCUAUGCAGUAGUGAGUCUACUCGAACUUUGGUGCGUACAACACUACCAUACUUUACGGUUUACUUCAGGAGUAAUUAUCCCGCUGAUAUCCCAGAAGAACAUUGUGAUGGCAACUCUCUUUGCAGUCGUGGUUUCACUAUUCGUUAUAGAACCAUUAAGCUUGACAAAGAUUGUGGAGGUACAAUUUUACCGGGUGCUGAUGGCAUUUUUGAAGGUUAUGUCCAAUCACCGAAUUAUGGUUUUAAUUAUUUCCCAAAUUUGGAUUGCUUAUGGCUGCUUGAUGUUUCUGCUAUCGCUAAUGGCUAUGAUGAGAAAGUGAUAAAAGCAGAAAUUGUUGAUAUGGAUGUGCCUUCUGCUCCGGCAAGAUCUUUAAAAGAAACAUCUCAUUUCCGUUUUUCGUUUUUGGAAACAACCGGUCCAACUCAGCGUUUGUUGAAUCUCAUAAGACCAUGCCGCUUUGAUUACAUUACGUUCAGAAAUGGUGAAGAUGCAUCACAUCCUAUGCUGGGACGUUACUGCAAUAGCAAACAACCCGAAGGUCCGAUUGUAUCAUCGGGACCAAAAAUGGUCAUACAAUUCCAUUCGAAUCAAUCCAUCAACGGAAAGGGAUUCAAGAUUUAUUAUUCUGCAGUAUGCGAGAAGCAUUUUAUAUCACUGAAUGGAACCAUUCAAAGUUCUAAUUAUCCAAAUGGCAGUGCUCAACCAUUUAAAUGCACCUAUGUUAUUGAUGCCGAAAAAACGAAAGCGAUAAGAUUGAAAUUUAGUUUUAUUGGACUUAAUGCGGAUUUUAAGACGUGCUUUUAUGAUGUCACCAAACAUGAUCUAUUGGAAGAUUAUGUCGAAUUCUCGGGUGGCCAUCAUUCACACGAAGAGAUCAAUAAACGAUACGUUUGCGCUCGAUAUCCCUUCGUCGCACCUGACGGAGAAAUGGUAAUAAGUGCUUCGAGGCCGUUAAGAAUCACAUUGAGUUCAAGUGGCAUUGCCAAUAAAGGGAUACUUUUCCUGUACGAACAGUUUGAUGUAGGUUGCGGUGGAAUAUUUGAAGGAGAAUCAGGCCAAAUAACAAGUCCUAAUUACCCGGAAAAGUAUCUGGCACAUAUGCACUGCAUAUAUGUGAUUAAUACACUGGGUAAACGAAUUCGGCUAACGUUUGAAGUAUUUGAAUUAGAAGAUGUGCCGAAUCGAGAAGAUUGCUCCUUUGAUCGCGUCGAAAUCUAUGACACCUAUGUGAACGAUGAUGACCAUAGCGAAUUACAUGGAAGAUUCUGUGGUACACUGCUUCCUCCUUCAAUUUUAUCCACUGGAAAUCGGCUAACCAUUGUGUUCAAAAGUAGCCGUUCAUUAAAUGGCGCUGGUUUUAUGGCCAAAUGGCAAGUUGUUGAUGAGAAGAUCGAUUGUCACAGAACGUAUACAGCUACAAGCGGUAAAAUCGUAAUUCAUGCUGAGACGGGGAUGAAAUUUGUGCAAUGUGACUAUCAGAUUGCGUUGCAAUCUUCGAAACGGAUUCAUCUUCGAUUUGAAAAUAUAUCGGCUCCUUGCGACAAAGGAACAUUAAUGUUAAGGAAUGGAGUGAAUGAACAAUCGCCCGGUUUUAGUGGACUUUUUCGAGAUUCCGAAAUAUGUGAUGAUCAUUCCGUUAAAGAACUACGCUCUCAAGGGAGUCGUGUUUUUAUGCGUCUAAUGACAAGAAAUGCACCUUUAGUGACGUUCACCAUUUACUACCAGCAAAUUGAUUCUGAUUGUGGGGGACGCUUGAGUGGUUUCAGUGGUGCUUUAUCAGCUCCACAGUAUCCGCUGAAAGAUUCGAGAACUCUGAACUGUGAUUGGCACAUUCAUGUUGCAGCAGGUAAUCGAGUUCGCUUCACCAUUACAGUACUUGAUGAUUUGAAUUCAGCUGAUUCCAAUGGUUUUUGUUCGUCAGUUGCUCCAAAUUACAUUGAUGUUGCUGAAGGUUCCUCGAUAUCUGCACGCAUAUUAAGGCGGUAUUGCAAAAAAGAGAUUUCGUUGUCAUCUGUUGUUUCUGAGAAGAACGAAUUGACAAUUCGAUAUCGUCAACAUGGUGGAACCUAUUUUGGUUCACUUUUCGGAUUUCUCGCACAAUAUACUACUGUAUGCAAUGAAAUUAUGUUAUUUGGCCAACAUGGUAUCCUUCAAAGUCCAGGUUAUCCAGAACAAACUCUUGAAAAUCGUUUCUGUAAAUGGCGGAUACAGACAACGAAAGGGAAUCGGAUACGACUGAUAUUCCAUUUUUUUAGAAUUACAGAACCAACUGAUCGUUUUACACCGUUUUGUCGUACCAGUUAUCUUGAAUUUGGUGAAAAUCAAAUACUAGAUUCCUCAGUAACAAUUGGUGGUCAACAGAACCACACAAAAACAAUGCGAAAAUUCUGUGACCAUAUCGGUAAACCGGUUUGGAUUUUGACGGAGAAAGAAAUGAUUGAUAUUACAUUUUCUUCAAAAACUGAACCAGAGAAUCAUUUCUGGCUUUCAUGGUCAAAUGAAGGUUGUGGUGGUGACAUUAGUUCUCCAACGACUGUAAUUGUUGAUGUCGAAAAAUUUGUAAAUAAUUCGAAAAUUUACGAAUGUACAUGGAAAAUCGUUGCACCGAUCGGAAUGCGAGUACUAUUUCAUAUCGAGAAACUGUCAGUGUUUGAAAUUGCAGAAGGUUGUACUGGGAAUGAUGCCGAACAAUUCAGCGGCCUUGCGUUUUACUCGGGUAGAAACAAUGCAACAGGUUUUGCUCAAAAAGUUAUUUGUUCGAGCAGGGAGGAAGAUAAUUAUACGUCGCAUACGAAUGAGUUAUUUGUAAAAUUCAAAAUCCCCAGCAGAUUAGCUAAACCAGACGUGAAAAAACGUAUUAUGACUGGAAAGGUGUCGUUCAUAACUGCAAAGGCAGGUGAUGAAUGUGGAGCUGUCAUCGAGAUGAAACGAAACGAAACGGUUCAAUUACAUUCACCAAAUUAUCCAAAUCUUUAUCCGAAAUCGACUGAGUGUAUUUGGUUGAUAAAAGCGCCAAGCGGCUACUCGAUUCGAUUUAAUUUGACACAUUACACGGUUUUAAAUUACCACCCUCAACAGCCAGAUAUAAAAAUACGGCAUUCGAGUUUUGAUUCAAGUGUUACUGAUGUGGAAAUAUUGGAACGUAUCUGUCACAACUUGAAACAACCGGAAGUUAUUAUAUCAACAACUGAACAGGCACUGGUCACUUUCCAAGGAAGCCCUUAUGAACGGACCUAUUUAUCAGGGGAUGAUGAACGCAUUCACAAUAUCGGUUUUGUGUUGUAUGUAUCUUUAAUAUGUGGUGGUACACUGUAUGCCGAGAAUGAAUUCAAAACAUUCCAAUUGCAUACUGUCACAGAGGACGAGUGCAAAUUCCACAUCAGGGCUGAAGAUGGACAACGCAUAUAUCUUCGUCUCGAUCAGUUACGUUUUAACAAGCGUACUGCUUUGAAAGCGCGCGGUAAAUCUAGCGCUAUCAUUGCUGUUUAUGAUGGCAUGCAAGAGAACGCAUCCAUUCUUGGGAUGUAUCAUCUUGAAUGCAAUCCUUCAAGCUCAGAGCAAAUGUCACGUGCGUGUGCUAAUCGAGAAUUGCGUUCUACAGGCAGUGUUCUGAGGGUGCAUUUAAAAGGACUGAAUACCAUGCAUUUAGAGCAUAUUCACUUCUCGUAUUCAACACAGAUCGAAAAUUGUGGAGGUACCAUUCAUUCUAUUGCUGGAAUUAUAUUUUAUCCGUUCAUGGAAAAUGAUUUUGAAUGCGAAUGGUUCAUCAGCAAUACGGAAGGGAAUAGAGUGGAGCUCGAAAUUUUCAAAUUAAAAUUACCCUUUUCGGAAUAUUGUGCAGAAUCCUACUUGGAAGUUCGUGAAAGUAAUAGCAGCGGAAAAAUUGUGACAAGAGCUUGUUCAUUUGAAGACGUAAUGCCAACGAUGAUUAGUCAAGCAUUUUGGAUAAGGCUAAGAUAUAAUGGCAAUGAGGAUGACAGCAGUGAUAUCGAACCACUGAAGCCGGAAUUAAUGAUUAAAUUUAAGAAGGUCUUUGGUGGAAUGACAAAUGACGCGGUGGUAAGUUCACCAGCAGCUGAAGAUUGGCAGUCGAUAAACUUUGCACCUCUAGAAUGGACAUUGAUUGGUGAAGAUAAUCACUGGAUAAGAAUUUCGAUAAAAAAUAUUGAAAUACCCGAUGAACGAGAUGAAAAUAAUUUUGACAUCGAACAAAGGGAUACUUUGAAAGGACUUAUUUUCAAUGAAGGGAUAUGUAUGUUGAACGGUGAGAACGAUGGAUGUGGGAGAGUGGAAUUUGUCCAUGCGGGAUACACACCACCAAAUGAUUUCUUCAUUAAGUCGCAUUUGGCUACGGUUUUAUUCAGUGCUCCACCGGGAAGUUCAUUUCGAUUUGUUUGGGAAAAUAUCCCAGUUGCUGUAGCUAAUGCUUCACUUACAAAAGUAAACCAGGCAAUUACUGAGGACUCCAUGCACGAAUUUAUUUGCGGUGACACACUUACGGCAACAUUUGAUUCACAAUAUCUCACAAAUCCUGGUGGGAUAUCUACAGAUGGUAAAUUUACAACCGUCCUUCCAAUUACAACUGUAGGAGCAUGGCAGUCAAUUAAUAUGUACCGACUCUCGAGAUGGCAUGGAGGUUACGGGAAUAAUUUAAAAUGUCGUUGGACAAUAAUUCGACCAAUGUUUGCUGGAAUCAUGCUUAAAAUAAUUUCGAUGGAUCUUGAGGAACAUGUUGAUUGUCGUUUUGACUAUAUUGCCAUCUCAUCGGAUCUAGGCGGUGUUAGUUAUGAAAAUGGACAACUUGUCGGUAACGUUGUUAAGUUUUGCAAACAUAAAGAUGUGGGAACGGAAGAGCUGUUCAGUUCGGAAGAGGCGGUAACAAUUUUUUUCAUGACAGAUCGGAAUAGAGGCGGUCGAGGAUUCGUCAUUGAAUACAAACUAGUUUGCCAGUCGUUUGAUUACAUACCAACAUCGUUAGGUGUUUUCAAUCGGAUCGUACAAAGUCCAAAUUAUCCUAACGGAUACGGUAACGAUUUGUCGUGCACAUGGUCAAUCAUGCUGGAAAGUAAUCGACCAAUUUUGGCCAAAUUUCUUUCUAUGGAUAUUGAGGAGAGUCCUUUGUGUAGAAAGGAUGGCAUCAUUGUGCACUCCAGUCCUAUCUAUCUAGACGGAGCGGCUAAUAAACUGUGUGGUAGUCUAUCUGAAUGGAAUAAAACUUUCUCAAAUGGAAGAGUUUUUAUUAGCUUCACAACCGAUUCAAAUACUACGGGAAAAGGCUUCCAAUUGCAACUGACGGAGCAAAUUCAUGACUGUAGUUCAGACAAACUUACUCUAACUGAAGACGAUUCUCCAAAAGUACUCAGUUCCCCAGGAUUUCCAAAAACGUCACCAAAUUCUUUGGAUUGCAUUUGGACAAUCAGCGCAUCCAGCGGGCAUCGCGUAAAGUUCACUGUUGAUCCAGUCAGUUUCAAUCUUGAAGACAGUUCGAUGGAGGAUGUAUGUUCUAGCAAUUACUUGGAAAUUCGAGAUGGACCUUCAAAGUUGUCUCCGUUGGUUGGGCGAUACUGUGGAAAAGAACCGCCAAGUACUAUCCUCAGUACCGGAUCCUUUCUAAACAUUCACUACCAAACAGAUUCAUUUGCUCAUUUUUCGGGUUGGAAUGCUACUUAUGAAAUUGCAUCAUGUGGAGGUAGUGUUGUUAUUCCUAUAAAUGGGAAUCAUGUGAUUACUAGCCCAAAUUAUCCUGAGCCUUAUCCAACUCAAGUCACCUGUGAUUGGACUGUAGUGGCUCCUCGAGGACAUUACGUCAAUGCAACGUUCGAUCAUCUAUGGAUUUUAUAUACUAAAAACUGUACGGAGGACAGUAUUUCUUUACGAGAACGAGAUAAUACUGGUGAAUACAUUCUAAAACCGGUGUGUGUAUCGAAUUCAGUACGCGGUAAACAUUUUACGUCGUCUCAAAAUAUUAUGGUUGUUUCAUUCCAAUCAAACAAUACUGUGAGCCGAUCGAGUCAUUUUCUUUGCUUGGAAAGGAAAUGUGGUUUCCGUAUUAAUUUAGUUCCUAGCAAAAUAGAAUGUGGAGGAGACAUAAAUGAUGAUUCUGGCUACAUUACCACUCCGGGUUAUCCGAAUCAGCUUCAGGCGCAUAUAAUAUGUGACUGGACAUUUCGAGCAGGAAUCGGUUUCCGCUAUGUUUUCGAUUUCGCAUUUAUCAAGCAUGAGAAUUUCUACCAGACUGCAUACAAUGAAGUUGGCUGUUAUCCGGAUAUUUAUAUUGCUAAUGGUCUAAACAGGCUAGUGGAUUACUACGGUUUUGUGGAUCGCAUUUUUUGUUCUAAUGAAACACGAUUUGUAUCGACAGCAGAUUUAAUCACGAUACGUUAUAAUGACCGAGCUGCUAUGUAUGAAAAGCAAAAUAUGCGUGAACGUGGAAUACCCUCGGAGGAAAUUUAUGCUCCAUUUCGAAUCGCCUACUUCAAAGUAGCAGCUGAUUUCGAUGAAAAUGCAUGUAUGUAUCACGUGAAAAGGAAUAAAACAAUUGAACUGAAAAGUGCCAAAGUUCCGAGAUAUUCAGUCGCCACAUCACCUGCUAUCGACUACUGCCAUCUACUCAUAGAACGGCAAUUUCUGUCAGGCACUACAGUAUUACGUUUCAAAAAUUUUUCCUCUUCUGAAAGUUCAUUUUGGAAACCUAACAGUAGAUGCUUGGACACUGAAAGCUAUGUGUUUGUAACAGCGGUUGGUAAUGAACCAUGGCCUUUUGAAGCACGGUUUUGCGACGGAUCCUUAAAAAAAACUGCUAAUUUCACAGUGGCACUACCACACAGAACUUUUGAUAUUCAUGUUUUCCAAAGGCUGCAUUUAUCGUCAAUCUCUUUCAAUCUCACCGUCCAGUUCUUACCUUGCGGUGGUUUAAUUCAAGGCCCGGAAUCGGGUAUUUUAACAAGUCCUGGUUUUUAUGGAAAAGAAAACAGCACUUACGAACCUGAUAUGCAGUGUGUUUGGAGUUUGAAAGCUCCAGAGGGACAAAUUGUUAAGAUUAAAAUAACUGAUAUGGAUUUGGAAUAUAAUGUGGAAUGCAAGCACGAUUUCUUGAAGCUGUUUGAAGGAGGUGGUACUGAUGCAUCAUUGGUACACGUAUACUGCAACAAUCCACAAGAUGAACCAAUACAAGAGCGGUUUAGAGAAGUGAAGUCCAGAGGACGAUAUAUAACACUUUAUUUUUUCACGGACAGAUCUAUUGAGCGAAGGGGAUUUCGUCUGGAAUACAGUUUUUCCGGCUUUGAGGAUGAAUGUGGGUUUACGACAAACCGUAUAACAGGUACUGUGCUAAGUCCGAGAAGUCCCCAAGAUUAUCCGAAUCUUGUUUAUUGUUUGUGGGAUAUUUCGGUACCGUCUGGCUAUCAUGUAGCAUUAUACUUCCACCGUUUUGAUGUGCAGAAGUCGGAUGAUUGUAGCAAGGAUUACAUUAAGAUAAGCCAGGAACAUCACUUAAGGGCUAUGGCACCAGUUGGGGGUUACUACUUCUUGUUCGACCAUGAAGAAGAGUUGAAGAAGAUUUGUGGAUACGAAACACCUCGUGUGUUCCGUUCAGAAAGCAAUCGCAUCAAAAUCGAAUUCAAGUCGGAUGACAAAAUAACAGGGAGAGGAUUCAAUAUAACGUGGAAAUCAGAGUGUGGUACUACUUUUCGAUUGAACCACGGUGUGGUUACAUCACCCCACUACCCACGUUUUUAUCCAAACGAAGACAUGGAAUGCGAUUAUCUGAUAGAGCCCGAGUACGAUGGUACACUUAUAAUCACAUUAAGAAUUCUUGACCUGGAGCUUGACCCGCAUAUUUAUGAUUAUAAUCGACAGCCAUGCAACACAGAUUUCUUGGAGCUAAGAGAUAUUUCAGCAAGACGUGUUAUUGAUACAUUUUGCGCGAAUCGUGAUAUCAGCAGUGAAAUAGCGCCCAUAUCUGUUAAGGGACCAGUAGGUGUGCGUUUCGUGUCAAAUACAUCAGUCUUUGAAGAUCUCCUUAAUCAUCGUAAAAAUCGCCGUGGUUUCAAAUUAUCCUACGCUUUGUCAAAAUGCGGUGGCGAAAUUAAUUUUAAAGAAGAAACAGGAUUGAUGUCAGCAGUUAUUUCGUCUCCUGGUUUCCCUCUCCCAUAUCAUCACAACCUUGAUUGCGUUUGGAACAUAUCUGCUCCAGAAAAACGGAUUAUUAGUAUUAAACACACACAUUUGGAUUUGGAAGAUUCAUCGGAAUGUUUGUUUGAUUUUGUGGAGUUUUUCGAUGGUUCACAAAUUAACAAUGCAACAAGCAUGGGCAAAUUCUGUGGCGCAAUCGUCCCCUCCAACCAAAUGUCAACAACUGGUCAAUUCCUGGUUGUAAGAUUUUAUUCGGACAGAAGCGCUAGCAAAGGAGGAUUCAAAAUUAUCGUAACUGCCUCUCUUGGUCCAGACGGAGGAUGUGGUGGAGAGAUCAAUGUUGAUAGCAGUUACGAGCUCGUAGCACCUUUGAAUCCAAAAACAGGUCAGUACUACAACUUUCUGCGGUGUGGUUGGACACUCAAAGCACCGGUAGGAAAAGUGUUGGAAGUGCAACUGAAAAAUUUGGAAUUGGAAGCCCCUGAUACAGAAACAGAACGUUGCCACGAUUACAUUGCGAUUUAUGAUGGUUAUAAGACGAUAUCCCCUAUGCUCCUAUCAAAUACAUGCAAGGUCAUGGAGCAACUCCCUUUGAUCAUGCGAAGUUCUUAUCGUGUACUGCACAUUUAUUUCGAGUCCGAUUCCGACAAAACAUUCAAGGGAUUUACGAUGGAAUUCAAACCUAUUACAGCACCAUGUGGAGGACGGAGAACUGCUGCCACCGAGCCCGCUGAACUACAGUAUGAAAGUGAAAGAAUGCUUACGCGGACAUUUCCCAGGCAUCAACGUUGUCGCUGGAUAAUUUAUUCAAAGGAGGGAAUGCCUUUACGAGUUGACUUCAGUCAGUUCUCAUUUCCUUCUUUAACACCCGACUGUACCGAUGAAUAUAUGGAAAUCCGUGAUGCUGGCACACCUGCUGAUUGUCAUCAUCCUGCUUGUCGUAAUACUAAUAAUGGACUGCAGACUAUUCGACUAUGUGGUAACACACUCCCGGCUGACUUUAUUUCAGGGACAAGUGUUAUUCAGGUAACAAUAUCGGCCAUUCUGCAGAGCGAAUACAUCGCCAGAUUUCGCCUCUCUUAUCAAACGCUUAAUUCAUGCAAUCGAAUAAUUGAUACCCAUCUGUCAAUGACUGGUCAUAUAACAAGUCCAAACUAUCCAAAUCCCUACGACCAUAACAGCUCCUGCUCUACUAUCUUAACGGCUUUAACCGGAUAUCACAUAUUCCUGGUUUUUAAGGACUUCAAGCUGGAAAAAGUUCGCCGAUCGCUUAAUGACCGAUUCUCUACUUCUAUUCGGGAAAUGCUAACUGAUGGACGAAGUUUUGGACCAUUUCAAAAUGUAAUUGAUCAGUAUAAUGGCCUUUACAGCAAUGAAUCCUGCGAAUAUGAUUAUAUUGAGAUAAUUGAUUCCUUUGAAAAUCGAACAGAAAGAUAUUGCGAUUAUAAACUACCGCCCAGCUUUCUCAGCUCUAACAACGUGCUAGAAAUUUAUUUCAAAAGCGACAGUUCAAUGGCACCUGGAGGAUAUGAUGCCUACUAUUACACUGUUCGACCAUCAGAUAGUCUAUCAUUCAUCUACUACGAUUUUGGUGUCAUAAGUGAGCCGCAGGGUGCAGUCACAAAUGUUGGUUAUCCAGGAUAUAAGAAUCAACAGAGAAUGAAAUGGAAAAUCGAUCCACCAAAUGGCCAUAAAUGUAAAUUAAUUCUCUUGGCGAUGGAUUUUGGAAAGAAUACAAAUGGUGAAUGCACUGAAGGUGAUCAUAUGGUGCUGGGUGAGAUCAGAUCUGAAGGAUCCGAGAAUAUACCACUCAGUUAUCUUCCGUGCAGAGAUGCCGUGACAUUGCCGAAAGAGAUACUUAUCGAACCGGGUACCUCAGCCCUCCUUGAAUUCUAUACCGAUGAUAAUUCGGUGGAUAACGGUGACGGAUUCAGGAUCGAAUGGACUUGCGAGAAUUAUCAUAUUAUGCAAGUGUGACUCUACCAUUUGAUGUUAUCUGUUAUGCUCUUUCGUGGUGUUUAUACUAUAAUGCUACUAACUAUGUGGUAAUGCUAAGUGCUUUUCUAAUGUUCCUGUUUGACCUGGUUCAAUUCGGUUCAGUUUCAGUUGAUCGGUUGUAUAGCUGUAAAUUACAAUCAUCAUUGCGUUUAGAUGGUACACUGUGCACUUUACUGUUUCAGACGAACAAUUUAAAAAGU